CCACCGGUGGACUCGGAGGCGGCCUCCUCCUCCCCACGCAUAAACCACUCGUUCAACAAGAGGAGGAGCAGAGGAGAGGGAAGGCUGCUCGCCCUCGCGCUCGCGCCCGCGUGUGUGGUGUCUCCUCCUCCUCCGCCCGAUCUGCCCCUCUCCGGCCGGCUCUUGCGCAGCUUAUCAGCAGCAAACAUGGGUGCCGGCGGCAGGAUGACGGAGAAGGAGAGGGAGAAGCAGGAGCAGCUGGGUCGCGCCGACGUCGGCGCGACCCUCCAGCGCUCGCCCACGGACAAGCCGCCCUUCACGCUGGGGCAGAUCAAGAAGGCGAUCCCGCCCCACUGCUUCCAGCGCUCGGUGAUCAAGUCCUUCUCCUACGUGGUGCACGACCUGGUCAUCGUGGCGGCGCUCCUGUAUGCGGCGCUAGUCUGGAUCCCCACCCUCCCGACCGUGCUGCAGCUAGGCGCCUGGCCGCUCUAUUGGGUGGUGCAGGGCUGCGUCAUGACGGGCGUCUGGGUCAUCGCGCAUGAGUGCGGCCAUCACGCCUUCUCCGACUACUCGCUGCUCGAUGACAUCGUGGGCCUGGUGCUCCACUCGUGGCUGCUCGUCCCCUACUUCUCCUGGAAGUACAGCCACCGUCGCCACCACUCCAACACCGGUUCCAUGGAGCGCGACGAGGUGUUCGUCCCCAAGAAGAAGGAUGCGCUCGCGUGGUACACCCCCUACAUCUACAACAACCCAGCCGGCCGCCUGGUGCACAUCGUGGUGCAGCUCACCCUUGGGUGGCCGCUGUACCUGGCGACGAACGCCUCGGGCCGCCCAUACCCGCGCUUCGCGUGCCACUUCGACCCCUACGGCCCCAUCUACAACGACCGUGAGCGCGUCCAGAUCUUCAUCUCGGACGUCGGCGUGCUGGCCACCUCGUUCGGCCUCUUCAAGCUCGCGUCGGCGUUCGGGUUCUGGUGGGUGGUGCGCGUCUACGCGGUGCCGCUGCUCAUCGUCAACGCGUGGCUGGUCCUCAUCACCUACCUGCAGCACACCCACCCGGCGCUGCCCCACUACGACUCCACUGAGUGGGACUGGCUGCGGGGCGCGCUCGCCACCAUGGACAGGGACUACGGCAUCCUCAACCGCGUGUUCCACAACAUCACGGACACCCAUGUUGCGCACCACCUCUUCUCCACCAUGCCGCACUACCACGCCAUGGAGGCCACCAAGGCGAUCAAGCCCAUCCUCGGCGAGUACUACCAAUUUGACCCCACCCCCGUCGCCAAGGCCACGUGGCGCGAGGCAAAGGAGUGCAUCUACGUCGAGCCCACGGAGGACCGCAAGGGUGUCUUCUGGUACAGCAACAAGUUCUAGGCUGGGACAUUUGGGUUUCAUGAACCCUGCUGCUGGAAUGUGAGGAAGAACUCUGGAAGAGAUCCUACACCAACAAGUUCUACCUACGUAUGGUUGGUUAGUCUUUAUUAGAUAGAAGAGAGCAUCUGGGCGCAAGGAGGAAGACUAUCAUCACCGUGCCAAUGCUAGAAGAGUUGCAGCAGGUGCAAAGGAGUAGCGUGUCCGUGGCUUUGGUCGUCAGUUCCGUCGUCUUUACUUUCUCUGCCUUGUAGUCGCCGGUUUAGUUUGGCCGGUGACCGUCCCUUGUGUUGUGUGCGUCUGUCAUUGCAUUGGCUGUCAUCUCAUCGUCCCUGUGUUGUGUUGUUGUAGACCAUCUCAUCUCGUGUUUAUGGCGGAAUAACUGAACAUCAAACGGCAACUUUUUUGAGAAA